AUGAGGGGUAGCGGUCGACGGGGUCAAACGGCCAGUGGGUGGUGGGGUGGUGCGACGCAAAGCACCGAGGAUUGGAGGAAAGAUGAGGCAGAAGGCCAGGGACUACGGUGGUCACGUGACCUUCCAACACAGCCCUAUUACACACUCUCCAGUUCAUCUUUGCAGAAAGUCAACGGACUCGAGUUUGGACGCUACAACACUAAAGCAGUGAACCUCACGCUUCCGAGUCUCGCAUCUGUGGAUAUCUCGGUUGAUAUAGGGGUUCUCGCCUACAAUCUCACCUACCUGGAUAUCACGAGUCUGGACUCCGCGCACAGCAUUACUAUUGGCCCCCCGAACCUCACCACACUCCACCAUACAGGGUUACGCAAUGUGACCACCCUGUAUAUUCACCCGAUGCUGAUUGACUCACUCGAUACUUUGACCGACAAUCCGCUCAAUCUAAGUCAAACUUACAUUCGAGGUCUAUUCCCGAAUGUUAACAACAUUGCUAUUGGAUUCACAUCUGCCGACUACAUCCAUAUCUAUGACAACUCAGCUCUCACACUAGGAGGCUCCUCGACAAUGGAGAUGACCAUCAAAGAAAUAUUCAUUGGUGGUGUUACGGAUCUUAAGCGGAACGCACAGCUUAAGACACUCAAGAUUGAUAGUAUUGAGCUAUCGGGCGGCACUCCUAUUGAUCAUCUAGGAAUACCAUUCGAUAAUCUCCGCUCUCUCAAAAUCUGGAGGGGAUUUGAGGGGACACGUGCCCUGAAAUCUAUCACUCUUCCCCCCAAAGCCAUGAAUUGGACAGGUGGCUUUGAACUCGACAUUUCAGGUGCUCCCAAUCUAAAUUGGACCUCGAUUUACGGUGCCGACGACCAAGGUAAUCGCAUUCAGACUUGGUACUGGCCAAAAAAUGUCUCGUCGAUUUACCUUUCCGGCGUCAUGAUAGGAAAUGCAUUCUUCGAUCCCUUUGUUGCCCAGCAAAUGGGCCCGUUGAACAGUCAGUUUCCUCCUUCGGUCUUGACUUACUUUGGGGUUAGCCCAUCGCUCAACUCUACGAGUUUCAACUGCACGCCAUUCGUUGAGCUCCAGAGUAUGGGUCGAUUGCCGAACCGUGAAUUGACGUUCAGUUGCCGUGAUUCGAAGCCGCCUGCUAGCGGUGCUAUUCCUGGUCAUCCGGCAAUUCCCUUCGGCCUUGUGAGUGCCGUUGUGGGGAUUUGGAUCUGGAUGCUAUGA